AUGGGGUUUAUUGAUACAAACUUAAAAACCGUAGCCAAGAAACUUUCACACAAACCAUCAAGAACAAAACCUCACCCUAGUUUAAGCACGCACAAGAAGAUCUCAAAGUUAAAAAUGAGUUAUCAGUUGAAGUUGAAUCCUGGUCCUCUCAGUAACGAGGUUUUGUUUUUACAUAAGAAACACCGUGCGUUAGAGGUUUAUAAUAACCCAGAAAAAUUCCGAUCAUCCAUAAACAUCAAGCGUUCUGAUCGUUCGUUUUGGAAGUUGGUGAGGCAAAAGCCUAUAGGACCACGUGUAGAAGGUUAUAUACGUGAAGCAGGGUUUGGUGGGUUGCUUGAUAGUGGGUACCGUUAUAUAGACCACGCUUUAAUAACGGCGUUGGUUGAGCAGUGGAGGCAUGAAACCCACACGUUUCAUCUUCCAGUGGGGGAAACAACUGUCACAUUACAAGACGUUAACGUCUUGUGGGGCCUGCCUAUUGAGGGGGUGCCGGUAUGUGGGGCGGAUAACGCCCUUACAUUUUCUGAGGCUGCGGAGAAGUGUGAACGCCUUCUUGGGUUCACUCCAGCGAAUAAUCAACUCAACGGUUGUACAGUUUUUCCAGAUAAUUCGAACAACUGGAUUAAUCUUCAUUUAUUACAAUACUUAGAGGAUUUAAGUUCGUGUGUUAAUAUUAGCUGGGGCAGUGCUGUUUUAAGCUGUCUCUACAGAAACCUGUGUAACGCUACAGCACCCGAUGCCGUAAGCCUUAGCGGACCAAUGUCAAUUCUGCAAGUCUGGGCCUGGGAGAGGAUCCGUUGUGUUGCACCGGAGCCCUACCACCGGUUUAACUACGACGCGCCUUUAGCUGCUCGCUGGAAGGGAAACCUUAAUCAUGUUGACGCCCCCACGCACUGUCUUAGAUCUUAUCGAUCUCAACUGCAGUCGGUUCGCGAGGAGAUGUUUAUUUGGACACGGUACGAUGAUGUUAUCGGUAGACUCCCGGAAAUUUGCACUAGUGGGAGUUCUAGUUGGAGGAGCACAUGCCCGCUGAUUUACUGGGAAAAUGUCGAGCAUCAUUACCCGCAACGGGUUAUGCGGCAGUUUGGCAUGGUUCAACAUAUACCUCCCAGUAUACCGUUAACCGUUGAAGAGCUUGCCAGACUGCAUAAAACGACUUGGAUUGGGAAAACUGGUUGGGACUGGACCAUACGACAUGAUGUUUAUGUUUAUGCUUGGUACCAUCGUCAUGACUCGGUUGUCGAGGGAGAAACAAUCACCUCUUAUCCGGUCAUAGACGAUUAUAUGUCUUGGUUCAUGAACCAUACAGUGCUCUAUUUGACAAAUCCAAGGUCUUCGGCAGUUCCAAUGCGUGGUUUCCAAGAUGAUGGGGCUCGUGCCCAAAUGCUGACGGAUGCAAUGGGGGUAAUACAACGGUGUGAUGAUCUAGAGUUGGCCCAAGCUGCUGCUUAUCGAGCUACGGAAAUGUCACGGCAAGAAGGAUACUCACAAUAUCCGAGUCACAAGUCCUCGUCCGCAGAGGUUACACAGGCGAUGGCAAUGUCAACAAGGAGGUUCAAAUGUUGA